AUGGACUUGUGGAUUUCCCGCUAUCAAAUGCUCCUCUUGCACUCGUUUUUCAUUCUCGCAUGCACUCUUCUGCACAUUUUACCCGAAGUGACGGGCUUCGAGAAGGGAAAAGCGAUUAUUGCAGCUGUCGUUUUGAUGGGCGCCGGGCACGGGAUCAAGCUGGUCACCUAUCCGCCGUACAUCGCAGCUCAAGGUGGCAACGAGGGCACUGAGGCUCUCGACAAGCUGUUCACCUAUUUUUACAUUUACACCACCGUGGCGACUGUGAUCGGAAUCGUCGGCUAUUCCCUCUUCGGCGAGUUCUUCUACCUCAACUUCGACAUCGGGAGGCGAUACGUUGUCGCAUAUGCCGUGCUCGCCUUUUUCUCGAUGUGUUCUACGUGUUUAUUGAUAUUCAUUCGAUGUUGCGCGUUUCCAUACAAGCGCCGCAAAGUGCUCGGCUUGACGGCGAAUCUAUUGCUGUUGUCGAUUUGCGCCCGGAAACGCAAGAAUGCUUCAAGUGAAGCUGAUGCGGUAAACGAUGAGAAGUACCCGAAGACGAACACUUUCCUUGACAACGCCUAUCCGCACAAGAAACGAGCCGACAUUUUGCAUGUCUAUCAGAUGUUCCGAAUGGCGAAAUUUUUGCUUAUCGCCUUGCCAUUUUAUCUCGUCCAAAGUGGAAUGUACACGGAUUGGUUGGAAUUGGCGUACUCGAAGCUUCACCCGUGCUCCCUUCUCAUCUGCAUCUCUCCCACAACUAUCAUUGCCGUCAAUCCACUCCUCGUCUUGGCUUUCUCCCUUUUUCACCACUAUGUGACGCCGAAAAUCUGCGAAAAGACCCGGUCACUUUGGGAGAAGCUAACGAAAUUGAUGUGCAAGAGAUUCCAUGAUGAUGAGAGUUUUCGUCAACGGAAAGCUCGGAAUGUCAAGGAUGGCCUCAAAAUGAUGAUCGGGGUCGCGUUUUUGAUGUUGGCGCUCGUGUCGAAGUUCACGAUUAAGGUAACGCUCGAUCAGCUCUACCCUCAUCCUCCAUCAGGCAUCACCAUAUUCUCCUCACCGUCACUCGCUGAAUCGGUCCUCAAAUUGAAAUGUGAAACGGGAGCGUUGACGAUUUUUGAGCGGAUGGCACAGAAAAGCCCACCCGCCGCCACAGUCAUCUACAAUUGGACGCUAAAUCGUGGAGGGGAUCUGCUGUUGCCGAGACACCUUGACAUUGCAACGUAUUGUACCGCUUGCGAUGUGUGGCUGGAGAAAUCCGAUGAGAAGAUCAUCGCGAACAACAAGGAAAGGAUCAUCAACAACAACGAAACCCAGCAACAAUAUCUGUUUCUGCGUCGAAUCGAACCGAGGCGCGGCGUUUUGCUUAUUUGGAUCGACGAGGAGAAGAAGCUUCACACCUCCUACCUAAACGUUGAGGCGAGUCGACACGGGCCGAAUUCGACACGAAUGGUGACAAAGGUGAUCGCUGCCGGUUGUGGGCUUACCCAGUCAACUCGACUUUAUUUCACCGACGAUUCCGACAUCGUGCAGACCUCGGGCAGUGCCAUCUACGUAAUUUUUCAUGUC